UCCAUCUCUCUCUCUCUAUCUCUUCUUCUCUCUCUCUCUCCUCACCAUUUCCAACAUGAUAAACUCAACCAACUCGGUGACUCAGUUACGUGCGACUCAACUCCUCCUCCUCAUAAUCACAAUCUUUAUCUCCUCAUGUACCGAAGCCAACGACACCCAAGAGCUUCUCAAAGGCUUCAAAGCCCGACCCGACCCUUCAACGACGUCGUUUCAGUCCCUACUCCGUGAUCCCACCGGAAACCUCUCCUUCGGCUUCCUCCGAACCAACCGGACCCGCCUCUCCCUUGCCGUCCUCCACCUCCCCUCCUCCGAGACCCUCUGGCUCGCCGACCCGACCCGUUUUCUCCACUGGUCCCACAAGACCGAGCUCACCUUCACCAACGGCAGCCUCGUGAUUUCCAACCCCGGGUCGAGGGUAUUUUGGUCAAGUUCGAACUCCGUAGCCGGCGACAGGGUCGUGCUUCUAAACUCGUCCAGUCUCCAAAUACAAGAUAACUUGAAAUCUGUUGUGUGGCAGAGUUUUGACUUUCCGGGCAAUACCCUCGUCGAGGGCCAGAAUUUCACUGAUGCCAUGACGCUGAUCUCGUCGAAUGGGAAGUAUUUUAUGCGAUUAGGGAGCGAUUUUAUGGGAUUAUACGCAGGGUUUAAGAGAGGAUAUGAGCAAAUAUAUUGGAAGCACAGGGCUAUGCAAGCCAAAGCAGAGAUAGUACAAGGAAAAGGUCCGAUUUACGCUCGGGUCAACCCGGAUGGGUAUUUGGGCAUGUACCAAACUGGAACCGAACCGCCGGUCGACGUGCAACCCUUUUCAACCUUCCAAAAACAGGUAAAUGGGCUCAUUCGGGUCGUCUUAGAACCUGACGGGAACCUCAGAGGGUAUUUCUGGGACGGGUCAACAUGGGUUUCAAAUUAUCAGGCAAUUAGUGAGACUUGCGAACUUCCCAGUCCCUGCGGUUCGUACGGUUUGUGUAAGUCCGGAUCCGGUUGCUCGUGUAUUGAUAACCGGACGGAGUAUAUCUCAGGUGGUGAGUGUCUACCAACGGAGUCCGGCUCCGGCGACUUUUGCGGUGACGCGGUGGCGAAUAACGGCUUUUGGGUUUUGAGAAGGAAAGGGGUUGAGUUACCGUACAAUGAGCUGAUGCGGUACGAAACGACGUCGUCUUUGGAGGAGUGUGAGGGCAUUUGUGAGAAGAAUUGUAGUUGUUGGGGCGCGGUGUAUAAUAAUGCAUCCAGGUUUUGCUACACCGUGGAUUACCCAAUCCAAACUCUACUCAGUGUUGGGGAUGAGACUAAGGUGGGGUAUUUUAAGGUGAGGAAAAGUGCACAUAAAGGUAGAGUGGGGGUGGUUUUUAGGGCUUUGAUUGGUGUGUUCUUUGGUGCCGUUUUGGUGUUUGUGGGGUUCAUUGGGUUUGUCGUUUACAAGGCCUGGGAGAGAAGGAGAGGAGUGAAGAGAUUCUUGCAUGAUGAUGAAACGGGUGGAGUCUCACCCGGCCCAUAUAAGGAUCUAGGAUCCGCAAGUUUUAGGGCCCUUGAGAUGUGCAAUAGAUAAACAAAGAAGGGACAAAAACAAAAACAAAAAAAAAACAUAUUUUCUUUUAGAGUGACGCAAGGGAUGACAUUUUUGGGGGAUUUGGGAGUUUGGAAGAUUUUGUUUUGAGUUUGAUUGACAACGAUGUUGGCCACUAUAUCACUAAUUUAGAGUUAGGGACGUUUAGUUAUUUAUGUAUUUAGAAUCAUGAUUCAGAAUUAUUUUUAAUUUAUAUGUAUUUUUUAUGAGAGAAAAUACUGUAACGAGUCACGAAUUAUAAUUCGAAUCAUGACACAGAUUCUUAUU